AUGCACAUAUCGCUUCACUCCCUCUUCCUCGUCGCAUUGUCCGCUGCGACCAUGAUUGCCGCGGACGGUACCCCCAACGAAGGUGGAUCUAACCCCCAAAUUCCGGCAUGUGGCAUCGUAUGCGCCCAGCAAGUGGCUCCCAACACCGUGGUCAGUGCUCAGUUUCUUGAGUAGCGAAUCGUGGUCCAUGCAUGCUGAACCCCCUUGCGUCCUUCAUCCACCCCAUCACGCAUAGUGCAAAACCUUAGACAACACUACCUGCCAGUGUUCGGACCCGAACUACGGGAGUUUGAUAAGGACUUGCAUCGAAACUCGUAGGUCCACAUAA